GCGUUGCUUUACGGCGAUUCGAGCAGUCGCGUCAAGCUGACUAUUCUGGGCUCUUGGCUACUUGGCUUCGCACGUGGGCCGCCGUAGGUAUUCCGAUCGGUAGUUCCUCCUAUUCGUGUGUAGCAGCCACAUUGAAGGAUAGAGUGGCAACAGAGGCCAAGUAUCGUGAGUUUGCUGCUGAAAAUGAAGGGAAGUCUGGGGGAGGUCUCCACAGCGUAGCUGAGGGGGUGCGGCUAAGUCCAGAGCCUGGCACGGGCGGAGGAGGUCGGCGGCAGAGAGGAGGGGAAAGGGCUGACAGGAAUGAAGGAGAUAGGGGCUGGAGAGAAAGGAAGUGGACAAAGGCCAGAGGAAAUACCGAUGGACCUAACGGUAGUGAAGCAAGAAAUUAUGGACUGGCCAGAUACAGAAGGCAGGUUGGCUGGCCAGUGGGUAAAACAGGAGGUGGAGGAUAGGCCUGAGGUGAAGGAUGAGAAGGCAGGCGUAUUGGAGGUGAAGCAGGAGACGGAUAGUAGUUUAGUGGUAAAAGAAGCGAAGGUGGGUGACCCAGAGGUAAAGGAAGAGAAGGUAAAGGAAGAGGUAAUGGACUGGUCAGAAGUGAAGGAAGAGAAGGAUAACUCGGAGAUGAAACAGGAGGAGAAGUUUGUUGGUCAAUACAUAAAAGAGGAAGUGAUGCAUGGAGAGUGUGUAAAAGAAGAGAAGGAUUUCCUGAAGAAAGAAACCGUGGAUGAUACAAAGGUGAAAGAAGAGCCUCCGAUAAAUCACCCGGUGGGUUGCAAGCGGAAACUGGCCAUGUCAAGGUGUGAAACUUGUGGUACAGAAGAAGCAAAGUACAGAUGUCCACGUUGUAUGCGAUAUUCCUGCAGUUUGCCCUGUGUAAAGAAACACAAAGCAGAACUGACAUGUAAUGGAGUUCGAGAUAAAACUGCAUACGUUUCAAUACAACAGUUUACUGAAAUGAAUCUCCUAAGUGAUUAUCGAUUUUUGGAAGAUGUGGCAAGAACAGCGGACCAUAUUUCUAGAGAUGCUUUUUUGAAAAGACCAAUAAGCAAUAAACAUAUGUACUUUAUGAAAAAUCGUGCCCGAAGGCAAGGUAUUAACUUGAAACUUCUACCCAGUGGAUUCACCAAGAGGAAGGAGAAUUCAACCUUUUUUGAUAAGAAAAAACAGCAGUUUUGUUGGCAUGUGAAGCUCCAGUUUCCUCAAAGUCAAGCUGAGUACAUAGAAAAAAGAGUACCAGAUGAUAAAACUAUUAAUGAAAUCCUAAAGCCUUACAUUGAUCCUGAAAAGUCUGAUCCUGUAAUUCGUCAAAGGUUGAAAGCCUACAUUCGCUCUCAGACUGGGGUUCAGAUUUUAAUGAAGAUUGAAUAUAUGCAGCAAAAUUUAGUAAGAUAUUAUGAACUAGAUCCUUACAAAAGUCUCCUAGACAAUUUGAGGAACAAAGUGAUCAUUGAGUAUCCAACAUUACAUGUGGUAUUGAAAGGAUCCAAUAAUGACAUGAAAGUUCUCCACCAAGUGAAAAGUGAAUCUACCAAGAACCUUGGCAAUGAAAAUUGAGCACUUUUUCUGGUAGAAGAAUGUGAAAACUUCCAGACAACUGCAGCAGAGUCUGCAUUGAUGGACUGUUGGCUGAUUGGGGUAUUGUCAAUGGGUGAUGGUGGAAUUUUUUCUUUGUAUGAAAAGUAAGCUUAACUCUUUUAAAAAAUGUAUCUUACAGCCUCUUGAAUUAAUUGACUUGUAAGACCCUUUUAUUCUUAUUAAGAACUCUCCUUUGCACUUGAUCAGCAUAGUACUUAUUAGGCCAUGGCUUUUAAUAUGCUUAAUUCCAUAAACUGAAAACCUUUUUUUUUCUUUUUUCCUUCUUUUUUUUUUGAGAUGGCAUCUUGGAGUGCAAGCGGUAUGAGCAUAGCUUCCUCAAACUCCAGGGCUCAAAUGGUCCUCCCACUGCAGCCUCCCAACAGGCUUAUACCACCACACUCAGCUAAUUUUUUUUUUUUUUUUUGUGGUAGAGACAGGGUUUCGCUCUUUUGCCCAGGCUGGUCUCAAAUUCCUGGCCUCAAGCAAUCCUUCCACCUCAGCCUCCAAAGCAUUGGGAUUACAGGCAUCAGCCACCACAUCUGGCCUUGAAAACUUUUUUAUUUGUUAAUUUGAUGUGUGACCAAACCCAAGGAUCAUCCGUGUCAACCACAAAGUUGGCAUUCUCUUUAGUAGAACCUCACUAAACAGAAAGGCAGUGCAAUGCACUGUCUAGCCACAGGAGAACUAAUCUUCCAUCAGUUGCCCUUUCUUAUCUUUGGAGUUUAUAUGUAACUUACCCUUAUGAGACAACUUUUCCACUUGAGAAACUCCUAGUACAAUGUCUUGUACUAGAAGCCUGAAUAAAUACUAUUAACUACUGUUUCUUAUAUUCACUUGAGAAAAUCAAUGGCUCCACAUUGUUUGAGCCAUUAGUGCUAACAAAUUUGGGUUUACUUAUUCAAGUCUUAUGAAUUCUGUGCCUUUCAUCACAUUCCUAGUCCACUCUCAUCAUUACUGCAAAAGGGUGUUGUGAUGGCCAGUUUUAUACUGUGUUUUGAUAUGUCUAGCAAUAACUUAAAGAAAAAAUAACUGGGAAAUCUUCAACAUGUUACUGGAAUGUGUAUAUAUGUAUUAAUGUAUAUACAUGGCUUAACUUAUACGUUAUGGCAGCUCUGUAUACAGUUUGAUCUCACAUACUGAAAAAAAUUCUUAAUUUUAUUGGAGUUUAUACCACUAUGAAGCUGCAAUAUAACUGUAAGAGAGUAAAAAAGAUUGUUACAUCU